AUGGCCUCCCCUAGUGUUCUCACCUUUGACGGUGAGGGUCAGGCAGUUGACUUCGAGGUCUUGGUAGAUGAUCUGCAGCUUUUCCUACAGUGCAAUAGGGUAGACGGUCUCUCCUUGUUUGACCUCACUUCUGGUGCCUCUCCUGCCCCUGCUUCUGAUGCUGACGCCACUAUUCGCUCACAGUGGGCCAUGCGCGAUAAUGCUGCUUGCCUUGCUAUGCACCGCCACUUACCGACCACGGAGCGUGCACACUUUAGCCAGUACAAGAGUGCUCAGACCUUGGGUGUUCUCCCUCCCCCCUUUUGCCCUCUGUUGCCUCUACUGCUGCGGCCGACCUCGUUUGUUCCGAGUCGGUCGGCGCUGCGUCUGCCCCGAGCGGGAGACGCCGCACCGGCAAGGGCAAGGGGGGCAAGGGCGCUAAAGGGGCUGGAGGGGGCGGUGAAGGUGGUAGAGGAGGCAGUGGAGGGAGUGGGGGUGGUGGUGGGAGUGGUGCCGGGGGUGGCGCCGGCGGCGGCAGCAGUGGAGGAGGCGGAGGCAGUGGAGGUGGCGGAGGGAGCGGAGGCGGCGGAGGUGGCGGAGGUUGAGGAGGCGGCGGAGGGAGCGGUGGCGGCGGCGGCGGCGGUAGUGGAGCGGGUCGCGACUCUGCGCAGAGGAGUGGCUCAGGUGGUGGUCCGCGCCAGCAGCAGCGGAGUGGUGUGA